AUGAACGGGAUCAACUUACCUAUUGACAAAAUUGGGGUGGAGGUAGACAGCAGAGAUAAACCAAAGCCAAAGAGGGCCAGCGUGAAAGAGAAGCUAAUGCAAAUAAGGUCAAAUAUAACCGUAGAACCAAUAAUAGCCUGUUAUAUCAUGUCAAAUGUGUUCUCAGGGCUUGCUGUCCAGAAUUUAAACUUGGAGAAAGCCUGCCGAGUAAAUCUCGGAUACAGUGAUGAAGUAUGCUCUGCGUUGAACAGGAGGCAAACGGAAAAUUAUACAAUGGAGGAAUCGGAAGUGCAAAAGUUGACGGCGUCAGUUCAAGCGUGGAAAAAUAUUGUUCAAACGGCAUUCCCCUGUAUUUUGGUGCUGUUUGUUGGCUCGUGGAGCGACAAAACAGGAAGGCGGAAAGCGUGCAUCCUUUUGCCAAUUGUCGGUGAAGUCCUUUGUUGCACGAGUUUCAUUCUGAACACAUAUUUUUUCUACGAAUUGCCUUUGGAGGUUACAGCUCUCUCAGAUUUGUUUCCGUCGCUGACCGGAGGUUGGAUUACUGUCUGCGUCGGCGUAUUCAGUUACAUCGGCGACGUUACAACAAAAGAAAUGAGGACGUUCAGGGUGGGAGUGGCCAAUUUGUGCAUGUCCCUUGGAAUACCGAUUGGUAUGUCUCUCAGUGGUAUACUGUUGCAACAGAUCGGGUAUUACGGAAUAUUCCUAAUAUCAAAUUGCCUUUACCUGACGAGCCUCAUUUAUGGAUAUAUACGACUCAAGGAUCCCGUUAUAUCUCAAGAUCGUCAGAGAGACCAGCCGGUUGGUUGCCGAGGCUGGGUGUGCUCGUUCUUCGAUGCUCGCCAUGUCCGUGAGACCUUGACAGUGGCUUUCAGGAGCGGGCCACGGCGAAGGCGGCUUCGGGUGUCGCUGCUUAUAGUCGUCGUCUGUGUAAUAUUCGGACCACUACACGGCGAGAUGAACGUGUUGUAUCUCUUCAUGCGGUACAGAUUCAAUUGGGACGAGGUGCAAUUCAGCAUGUUUUGCACGUAUAGCAUUAUCACCAACCUAGUGGGCACUUUGUUUUCUAUCAGCAUCUUCAGCGACUUUAUGAAGCUGGACGAUACAGUUGUUGGAAUAAUAUCUUGUACUAGUAAGAUUCUAGCGUCGUUUAUAUUCGCCUUCGCAACUACAACUACUGAGAUAUACAUAGCACCCCUGGUGGAAAUCUUUAAUGGUACUUCUUUCAUUGCCAUGCGUUCUAUUGCGUCAAAACUGGUGACUAGUGAAGAACUUGGUAAAGUAAACUCUCUCUUUGGUUUGGCGGAAGCUAUGAUGCCUUUGGUAUAUGGGCCUCUCUACUCGAGGGUGUAUAUGGCAACACUGAACGUGUUGCCUGGUGCGGUAUUCUUGCUUGGAGCGGGUAUGACGGUCCCAGCCGUUGCGAUUUUCGGAUGGAUGUAUUUCGAACAGAGGGAGGACACCAAACAAGUUGAAGAAGUGGACAACUUGAAUAAGGAAGUU